UCCCACCAUCACUAACUACUGGAGAAAAAAAAAAAAAUGGCAGCUUUAACAGCAAUCGUUCUCACUGUUUUCGCUCUCACCAUCUGUAAUGCGGACGCUGCCGAUGCUACCACCGGGCAGGUCACGUACGUGUUCGGAGACUCGAUGGCGGAGGUCGGGAACAACAACUACUUGCCAAACGCGCUCGCGAAGUCGAACUACCCUUGGUACGGCGUUGAUUACAUCAAAGGGCAACCAACUGGGAGAUUCACUAAUGGAAGAACAGUUGGGGACAUCAUGUCUGCUAAGCUGGGAGUUCCAUCGCCACCACCGUUUCUUUCCUUAUCAAUGAACGACGAUGCGAUCCUUAAAGGUGUCAACUAUGCGUCGGGUGGUGCAGGCAUCCUCAACGAGACCGGACUUUACUUUAUUCAGAAGCUCUCUUUCUACGAUCAGAUAACUUGCUUCGAGAAGACUAAGGCUGCGAUCGUUCGUAAGAUCGGAAAAGAGUCUGCAGAGGAACUAUGCAAUGAGGCAAUCUACUUCAUUGGACUUGGCAGCAACGACUACGUGAACAACUUCUUGCAGCCUUUCAUGGCGGACGGUCAGCAAUACACUCACGACGAGUUUGUCGGGCUCGUGAUUACUACAUUAGAUGGCCAAUUAAGAAGGCUUUAUGAUCUAGGGGCGAGGAAGGUAGUGUUCCAUGGAUUGGGGCCAUUGGGUUGCAUUCCAUCUCAGAGAGUGAAAUCUAGGAAUGGGCAAUGCCUCCAUGUUGUGAACAACUAUGUGACAGAGUUCAAUGCGCGAGUAAAGGAUCUGCUUGAUGGCCUGAACAAUAAACUACCCGGUGCUCAGAUGGCGUUCGCCGACUCCUAUUCCAUAGUCAUGGAUCUCAUCAAUAACCCACAAAAUUAUGGAUUUAAGAUUUCUCACACAUCAUGCUGCAAUGUGGACUCUGUCAUUGGUGGCCUCUGCUCUCCCAACUCGAAACUCUGCGCCAACCGCAGCGAGUUUGUGUUCUGGGACGCGUACCACACGUCCGAUGCAGCUAAUCAGGUUAUCGCCGAUCGUCUCUUUUCCGAUCGCGCCGACGUAGGACGAGCGCCUUCUCCAGCGCCGCUUCUUGGCCCUGCGGCCUCCCCCGGCCCUGCCCCCUCUCCUCUUUGAUUUGUUCUUUACAGUUCAAACCGUUGGUUACCGGAACUCGCUUGAUUUUGUCAUGGCUUUGUUUAUAGUGAAAGUUGUGGUCAUUGUUCUAAUUUGUUACAAUUGAUUCACAAAGUUAAAAUACAGCAGCAGGGGUUUAAUACAUUCCGAGUUUGUGUUGUAAGUUGUAACCUGUACUGAUGCACAUAUUUGUAUUGAAAUUCAUUAUAUGCGGUACAAAUGGUGAUAUCUAAAAACCAAUUACGCGA